AUGUUCAACUCUGAAUCCUUCCUCAGCUCCCUGCACAGAGGCUGCCUCAGUAGCUGUGCUGCGGUAGACACUGGUCAACAGCACGGUCUGGAUCAAGCGUCCCCACAUGUGGCUGCGUUGGGAGCCAGAAGGGAAAAGGCUGUCUGGCACUGCCCUCCUCCGGGCUCGUCUGACGUUGGCCUUGUCGCUGGGGUGCUUGAGAAUAAAGGCCUCCUAGGUCAGAAGGGAGGCGCAAACCUUGGACGAGGGCGGGUUCCCCGUAUUGCUAUCACCCCAUGUAAAUUUAAAACAAAAGAGAAAAUUCGGAGACUUCCUAGCGUGCAAUUAAAUGCAAAGACAAACAAAGCCCUUAAGAAAACCAUUCGAGAGGGCUACAAAACGAAUAAAACACAACGGUCACGUACUUCUGGGCGGCCGCGGUCUCGGCAGCGGCGAAAGCCGCGAAGCUGCGCGGCCAGGGUUUCCAGCCCGGCCUCUUUCCUGGCCGGGCCCCAGCAUGGCUGCCCCCAGGGCUGCGGGUCGGGACGGUGCCGCGUUGUCGCGUUCCUGACGGCCCCUGGCGUCUGUGCUCUCCUUCUCUUCCCCAGGCCACUCCAGCAGACAUGUUUGCCAAGGCCUUUCGGGUCAAGUCCAACACGGCCAUCAAGGGGUCGGACAGUGUAUGCCUUGUGGUCCUAUCCUGACCUUCUCCCAGCUUUCACGACGUGGCCUCCGGUGCUUGAAAAACUGAUGGGGGGAGCAGAUUUGAUGCUGCCAGGACUCGUGGUGCCCCCUGCUGGUCUGCCUCAGGUACAGAAGGGUGACCUCUGUGCCAUUGCCUUGCUGGGGAACAGAGUGGCUGCACCAGUUUGCAUUCUCACCAACAUUGCCAGAGGAUUUCCCUCUCUCCACAUCUUCACCAAUACCUGUUGUUUUCUGUGUUGUUUAUGUUAGCCAAUCCGACAGGUGUGCGGUGAUACGUCAUUGUAGUUUUGAGUUGUACUUCCCUGAUGUUGAGAGAUGUCGAGCAUCUUUUUAUGUGUCUGUUAGCCAUCUGGAUGUGUUCUCCGGAAAAAGGCGUAUUCAUGUCUUCUGCCCGUUUCUUAACUGGAUUAUUUGUUGUUUGGGUGUUAAGUUUAUAUCUUGUUGUUGGGUGUUGAGUUCCUUAUAUGUUUUCAGUAUUAAUCUUAUGAAAUUUUAAAAGAUUGGAAUUAUUGAGAGUACAUCUCAGACCAAACAAAGUUAAGCAAGAAAUCAGUUUAAAAGAUAACUAGAAGAACCCCAAGUUACCAGAAAUCGACACUUUAGAAGACAAUCUUUUAAAAAAUUAAAGCAGGACUUCUAGCUUUUGUGGUGUGAUGAGCUUGGUGAACUCACUGAGCUUACUGAGGACAUUAAGAAACAGACUCACACAUUACCAGUUGCCUGAUUUAAGACAAAAGUCAGAGUGAAGCAGUGUAGUAGGAAGGAGGUGAUAUUUUCAGUAAAUAUUGCCCGAACAGUUGGAUAGCUGUAUUUUAAAAAUAUGUCUGUCGCUCUUAGUACCAGAUACCAUACACAAAAUCAAAUGAGUUGUAAAUGUGAAAGAGAAAACAAUGCUUUUAGGGGAAAACAUUAUUGCAUCCUAGGACUAGGCAAGGAUGUCUUAAAUACGACACGAAAGGUACUAAUCCAAACGGGAAACAAUUUUAAAUUUAAUUCAAUAUUAAAAUUAAGAAAACCUC